UGAACGUGGUGCUUGGUGUGUAGGACAUGAAUGUGUGUAGCAUGAAUCCCUCACACUGAACCUGUGAGGCAACAACUGUAAAAUGUGAAGCCUGAUCGAGCCUAUAGCUGCAAUUUCAGCUUUUAUUUCCUGUGUUUUUCUGUUCUUUGUCUCAGGUUCUGCUCAAACCUCCAGAUGAGUGUGAAUCCCAGACAGAGAGAUGGUAUUAGACUCUCACUUGUUGCUACUUGUUAAAGACCUUCAACCCAGGUGACUACCAGCUGUGUCGGGCUGGGGGAGGGAAUGAGAACUGAACCCUGACUUGCUUCUAAAUUUAGCCCCCAUAAGUUCUCUGCUUAGCCGAUCCAUGGCGCUGACUUCUCCAGUGACACUUCAGCCAUCCUGGACCUCUGCAAAGCCCGGAUCGGUCAAGCUGUGUUCAGGUUACAUCUUCUGCAGAUAAGAGGAACUUCUUCCACCUUGGAGUUUGUUUCUGCCUGAAACCUUCAUCUGCUGCCUUCACUUCACUGUUCUAAAGCCUAGCUCAACCAUGUUGGCAGAGAUCCGCUGACGGAGGAUGUCUUCCCAGCUUCACAGCGGAGAUGAUCCUAUGGAGGGGGUGUCUCUACCCCUGGACAUUGACAACGUCCACAUGCUGCUUCAGGUGGAACAAGAACAGAUCCAGAAGAGGACUUUCACCAACUGGGUCAACUCUCAGCUGGCAAAGAGGAGGCCGCCUUGCAGGAUCCUGGAUCUCUUCAGCGAUUUCCGUGAUGGCUCCAGACUCUUGGAUCUGCUGGAGGUGAUGAGCGGUCAGCGCAUCAGCCGGGACAGAGGCAGAGGCAUGUUCCAGCACAGGAGCAACAUCGAGAAGGCUCUGGCCUUUCUCAAGAAGAAAUCGGUCAAACUGGUCAACAUAAACAUUCCUGACAUCAUGGAUGGUAAACCCUCCAUCAUCCUGGGCCUCAUAUGGACCAUCAUCCUCCAGUAUCAUAUUGAGGAGCUGGCCAGCUGCCUUUCCUUUGACUCCCGUCAAUCAUCCAUGGAGUCCUUGGCCAGUCUGGACACCCGCUCCACGCUUUCAAACCGUUCGGCCAGCGCCAGCCCCGCCCCUGCUAGAGGCUCCCCCCUACAUCACAGAUUCCGGGUUUCUGCCAAGAAGGCCCUGAUGCUGUGGGUGCGAGAGCAGUGCCACAGAGCUGGUUGCUCUGUAAAUGUCAAAGACUUUAAGGCGAGCUGGAGGAGCGGCGUGGUUUUCUUGGCAAUCAUGUCUGCUCUGCGGCCCGACCUGGUGGAUCUAUCCAGAGCCAGAACCAGGAGCAACAAACAGAACCUGGAGGAGGCCUUCCGCAUUGCAGAAAAAGAACUAAGGAUCCCCAGACUCCUGGAUCCUGAAGAUGUGGACGUUCGGGACCCAGACGAGAAGUCCAUCAUGACGUACGUGGCUCAGUUCCUGCAGUACUCCAGGGAUUUUCCAGCCAUGGAGGAGGAAUCUCAGACACAAUUCCUGACUCCUCCUAAGUGUCCUUCUCCUGUCAGCCUUCCUGUUCACUACACUCCUGCUGUUUCUGCUUCACCUCUUCGAAAGGCCACACCUGACCGUAAGGCGCAGGAGGUGACGUGCUGGCUGGGUCAGGCCUACGAUGAACUGCUGGAGGGGUGGGACUCCACGGAGGGGGAGAGCUACUCUGAGAGAUAUCAUGUGUUUCAGACCUUUCUGGUCUCCUUCAAUGAACAGCGACGGCCCAUCAUGCCUUUAUUGACUGCAAUGAGAAGAUCUGGUACGCUGAGUGAGGAGCAGCGGGCUCUGAGGGAGGCGUGGGACGCUCUCAGUGAAAAGCUGCGAGACUAUAGAAUGGAGUUGGACAUGAGUCUUCCUGCUCCUCUGGACAUGGUGGGCAGCUGGCUGUUGAGGACCGAGGCAGCACUGGUGGAGGAGCAAGGCGAGCCUCAGGACCACGGCCGUGCAGCGGAUGACGCUCGGGAGAAACAGGAGCUGCUCAGAGUGUGCCUGGAGGAGAUGCCCCAGCAGAUGAAGACCUUCCAGUCCUUCAAGAACAUGGAUGAGUAUGGGAACAUGAUGGUUCCCUCUGAAAAGAUGGACGAGUUGAAGAGAAGGUUCACCAGUGUCAGAGUGACUGCUAAGUACCAUGGGAUAAAGCUGGAGUACCGGGAGCACCGCCACACGGUUUUGGAUCUGCUGGGGCAGAUCAGGACGAAACUCCACAUCUGGAAGAAACCUUUCAUCUCUUCGGAGGCCGUCAGGGUGCUGAUGCAAGAAUGGCAUGAAAUAAUAAACGUCCAGGAGAUACCCUCUCUGCUGGAAAGCGCUCUCCAGAAGCUAAAGCAGAUUUCUGAAAAAUACUCCAACAAAUCUGCUCUUGCCUCAGAUUACCAUCAGGUCAGUCAGCAGGUCAAGCAGCUGGAGGAGGAAACGGCUGCAGUUUUGAGGGAAGUGCCAGCUGUCCGGAGCAGCAUGGGCCAGGUGCUGUCAGCCUGGGACUCGUACGACGACUCUCUCAGCUCCUUUCAGGCUUGGCUUGAACAGAACUCUGUGACGCGAAGCUGCAACAGCAGACCUUUGGCGACGGCAGACUCUAUCGCUGAGUGGACUGUGCAACACUCUCGGCUGAAUGAGUUGGGUAGCUUCCUGAUGGGAUCAACGGACCCUCAGAGCAGCAGAAACCGGGCAGAGGAGCUGAGAAAACUCAAUCUUCAGUGGGCAGAGUUCCUCAAGACAGAGCCUUCUGAAGGUGUCACUGAAACCGCUGUAGAUCAAAUGAAUGCACAGAACCUGCAAGCUCUGAUCCGAGAAGCGACUCUGAUUCUGAAAAAGCCUCUGGAGGUGAAGGCAGGUCCUUUACGCACCUACAGGAAAAGACUGCAGUUCAUAAUAAGGAAGAUAAAAGAUGUUGAUUUGGAGCUUUUGAGUCCGUCCCCAGAGUUCCCGUCUGAGCCACUGCAAAAAGUGAAGCUUGCAACGCCGGAAAUAGUUAAGACCCUCCUGGAGGCAGAGCAGGUGUGUGUGGAGCUGCAGCUUUGUGUGUCUGGGCUGGACAGCAGGCUGGCUGAGCUCCUGCACUGGGAAAGUGAAGCCAGGGAGCUUCAUGGGGUCCUGAAGGCUUCUGAUCGACACAUGAAGCAGCAAGGCCAGGACCCGAGAGCAAGGGCCACUAUUUCACGGGGUUUGCAACUGGAGGGGCAGGUGGUCACAGAAGAGCAGGACCUUCAGGUUUUAGUGAUGACGAGCCAGAAGAACUCCCCCAUUCAGUACAUCCAUGCCACCACUCUCCAUGACAGAGUGCAGGCUGCUGUUGCUCAGUCACAGGAAGCUAUAGGCAUGCUCAGCAGCCUGGGUGCCAGAAGGGACAGAAGCAGGAGUCCUCCGGAGGUAGCACCUCCAUCAAAGGUCUUCAUCCAGGCCAAAGGAAUCGCUCAACAACUGCAAGAGCCAACUCAACCUCCAAAGACUCUCCCAGCUCACUCCGGUGAUGCGUCAGUGCCAAGUAUAGUGGUGCAAGAAUAUAGAGAGGAGACAAUGGCGUCUCCUCCAAUGCCUUUUAACCCUGAACAAACUGUGACAGCUUCACCACCACAGGAACAGACUCAUGGUCGCUCAGAAACCUCUGCAGAAGCUAAGGAAGCAGAACAUUCGCUGCAGCGACAAGACCAAAACACACAAAACAUAAAUGAAGAUCUAAGACAGGAGACAAAGAAUCAGAAUCAAAAACCAGCUGAAGAACAAGUUGACCAACAGCAGGUGGAACAGAGUUCUGAAGGAGCCACUCUGUUUCAGGAUCAACAGGAGCAAGAGCUAAAAACUUCAAAUCAGAAAGUAACGGCAAAGAAAAUGAGCUCAAAGGAGCUUCAGAGUCGAAAGAUUCAGGCCAUGAAAAACCGACCCUGGCUUCAAAAAGCAGCUUUAGGACAACAGAAAAGUACAAAACAAAAUUCUGCGUCGAGCCCAGGAGAAACUCGGAAGCUCCAGGAAGUACCUUCAAGAUCAACGAAGCAGACACAGCAGCGAAAAGAAGAGCAGCAAAGGCAAACAAAUCCUCCUUCAAAGGUUAAACAGCAAAAGGAAAAACUCCAACAACAAGAAAAGGAGCAACAACAGGACAACCAAAAACUACAGUCAGGUGGAAAACAUGCCCAGGCAAAUUCUGGCACCAAGACUAAAGUCCAAAACGCAAGCAAGGCUCAGAACAACUCACGAACAAAGACUCCAAAAACAUCUCAAUCUAGUUCUGCAUCACAGCCUCAGUCAGGUGGCCAAGUACGGCCCAUCUCCAACUCUUCUAAAGACAACCAGCAAGCAGUAAAUGUGCAACUUACUGAGAUGAGAGAAAAUCAAAUACCAGAUCUUCCACAGCCGCACGAUUCCCUCAAGGUGCAGUCAAAGUCCCAGCCACCAACACAGCUAACCCUCCACCCAGGGACUCAAACAUUUGUCCCUGCUGGCUGUGAGCCGUCAGUGCAGCCGCAGGGUCCAGUCCACGCUCCAGCAUUUGCUCAGCUUCAGACACGGCCUCAGAUACCCUUGUCUCCCCAAGCAUCACUCCCGGUCCACAUCCAAACCCCAGUUCCAUCUCAUAUUCAGCUUCGCAGUCAUCCACAGACGUGGGCUCCUGUCAGGCCCCCUUCCCCAAAACCCCCUACUCAAAACUUCUCUCAGCCAGUGGCUGGUUCUCAUGGGAAUCUUCAGGCCAGCGUUCAGCAUCAGAUCCAACCUCAACUGAUGAGUCAAUCUCAAGUUCAAGUUUGUCCUCCCUCCAUGGGUUAUCCUCAGGGUCCUUCAGAACUCCAGGGUCAAGCCUACGGAAAGACAACCUUUGCUCAUCCAGAGGCCAAACCAAACCAGAUCCAGCCACCGGCAAACCUCCAGAUCCAAGAACGUCCUACAGACCAUCGGCCUCUUCAUCCAGUGGCUGGCCCUGUGGCGCAGUGGUCCACUCAUGCUAGCACCCCACCUCCACAACAAGGACUUAAUCCACAGCAAGUUUGGACUCAAGUUAAAGCCUCGUCCUCAGUGCGUAUCCAGGGUCCUCAGGCUGCAGGUCAACAUCAGCUUUACCCCCAGAUUUCAUCACAGCUACAGCAAAAUCAACCCAUUUCACCACCAAGGCAUCCUGUCCCUCAGUCAUACUCUCAGCAAAGCACUGCACAUCCUCAAACGUUUGCAGCAGUUCAGGCUUCACAGCAAUGGCCCCACCAAGACCCUCAGGUCCACCCCUAUGAGUAUCCCCACAUGGGGGCUUUGUAUGAGCAACCCCCAAUACAUCCCCAAAUGCUUGGACAGACCUGGACCCAAACACAACCCCAAAACAUCCCGCAGGGUACCAUCUCACAAAUCCCCCCAAUGGGACCUUACAAUGUCCUUCAGAAAGAGCAAGGUCUUGUUCCCCCACAGACUGGGGUUCAGGGGAUGCCACAAGUACGUCAGCAGCCUCCCCAGAACUUUUUACCAGUUCAGCAUCAGCUUCAAACUCAGUUUUACCAAACUCAGUCCCAGAUGCAAACUCAAAUACAAAUCCAGCCAAUGCCAUCAGAUCCGCUUCAUAGUCCGUUUACUUCAGCAGCCCAACUUCCAGCAAGGAUCCAGACACGGCCUGUGCUGCAAGCUAAAAGUCUCCAGGGUCCUUCUCCUGGUCUGCUCCAGCAGCCCACUUCACAUUCCCAACUGCCCCAACCUUUCCCGCAGUUGUCAAAUCAGCCAAAACCUCAACUAAAAAGUAAUGUGUCCCCUCAGCCAGAAGGUCUGGUGCAGUUAUCACCAUCUACUCCCAAAUCACAGGUUCAGUCACCAACAAAAAAUCAGGAUGAAUCUCUGCAGAAGCCUCAAGUCCAGAUGCUAGGACAGCACAUGACUUUACCUCCAAACAAAUCAGAGAUGGAAUUGCUUCAACAAGUCAGAGUACAGGCUCAGGUGGAGGUUCAGCCAUCUACUCAGCCUACACUUGAGUCAGUUAGACAGGUGCCCAAGCAAAGUGCCAUGACAAAAACAGAGGCUGAACCCACUCCUCAGCCCCCUGUGGAAUCUGGGCCCACGUCCCAACCUGAAGUUCAGACACGAUUCACAGCAGACUCACAAACUCAAGCUGAGGCCCAAACAGCGAAGGACCACCAGCCACCACAGAACCUGCAGCAGACUCAAACACCAGCACAGUUGAAGGUCCAAUUCCCUACAGAUCCAAACAUUUCUCAAUCAAAACCUCAAAAUGAACAUCCUGUUCGGCCCAGAUCUCAACAACCCCAGGCUAGUCCCCCUCCUAAGGUCCACGUGCAGCCUAAGAUCCGGGCCGAAUCCCCAGACUUCCAGAAAGCUCCAGCUCUGGCUCAGGCCCCUCCCCAGGCAUACACAGAGGCCUACAGCAGAGCCCAGGCGCUGGCCAGGAAUGGCUUCGAGGAGGCCAAACGCUGCCUGCAGGCCCACAUCAUGGACAUCAUCAAUGUCUUCCAAGAAAAAAGCUUGUCUGCCGAGCAAACAUCAGUUACACAGGAGACAUUGAAGACUCUUGACCCGGAGCUGCUGGAGGAGUUCCUGAGAGCGGCUGAAGGCAUGGAGGCGUUCUGCACAUCCUCUCAGCUCCGAGACAUGGAGCUCUUCACCCAGUCUGUUCACACGCAGUGGGAGGCUUGCUUCUCGGCAGACUUUGUGGGAGCAGGAAAGGACCUGGGAGCCCUGAAGAAGCUGUGUGACACCCUGAGCCCGGAGGACGCUCACCGGCUCGCUCAAAGCCAGCUGGUGGAGUGUGAGAAGAGGCUGGCUGCCAUCCAGCAUCAGUUCAGUGGAGACCACGACCAGCUGGACUCAAAGAUUCCUCAGCCGUUCAGCGAAGAUUUAAACUCACAGAAGGAGCCCAAGAAACCCAGUGAGAAACAUCAGGUUCCAGCUGAGGCGACGGAGGUGUCUGCUGACGAGACAGAAGGGCCGGAGAAGAAGACCUCUGCAGAAUCAACCAAAAAGGAAGCUUUUGAAAGAUAUGAAAACUGUAAAAAGACCCUUCAAGCCCAACUGGGUAAAAAUGAACAGAGUUUGCAGGAACUUCCUCCUGACUCGGUUUCCCUGAAGGGCCUGCACACUCGCCUCCAAGAAAUCCAGUUCAUGAGGCAGGAGACGGAGUCCCUGUGGUCCGAGUAUAUAAACCAGUGCUGUCAGCUGGGCGAGGACGUGCUGCUGGAGCCGGAGCGGACCGGGCUGCAGGAUCAGUGGCGCAGCCAGCAGACGCACCUUCAGAGGCGGGGCAGCUCUCUGGGCACGGCGCUCCGACAGAUCGACUCCACGGAGAACCACAUGGUGGACUUCAGCGAGCGCCUGGACCGUUACCUGAGACAGCCCAAAGACGUCAGCGGCUUCAGCCUGGCCAAGUCCAACAUCCUCAGAGACAUCAAGGAACUGGAUGAUAACAUUCAAAGUGAGCUGGACCAGCUGUCCCGGCUGAAUCCUGAGUCCUGUGAUCUGGAUCCUCGGGAAUGCUUCCCCCUGAUCCGUGAAGUGGAGACUCACAAAGCCAGCCUGGACCAGCUCCGGCAGCAGGUCCGGAAGAGCGAGGCGGCCGCCCGCGCCCUGGACCACUUCCUCAUGUCGCUGCGCACGCUGGAUGAAGACAUCUCGGGGGUCCAGGGAGCCCCCUGCAGCGACGGUGCACUCCUGCAGGAAUGCCGCUCCAAGUUGGCUCUGAUCAGACAGAGCAUCGACAGUCUGAAAGAGAAGGCACCUCAGCUGGACCUGCUCCUGCAGGGAGCCAGACUGACCGUCACCAGGGACGGAGCCCCCGCCUCCUGCCUGGACAUGGUCAGCACGCUGCUCAGGCGGCAGGAGGAGGCCGACGCCGGGCUGGCCGGACAGCAGAGAAGCCUGCAGAAGGAGAGUCAGAGCAAAUCUCUGGGGCUGAGGAAGAGGAAGAUGAUGGGGGAGCUGCAGAAGCUGGAGGAAACAGUGGACAAGCAAGACCUGAAGGAGCCCACCAUCCCUGCUGUGCAGCACAUGCUUCGUGCUCUCCUGGACUUGGAGGGUCAGCUGCAGACUCUGCAGGCUGACCUCCAGGUCCUCCGAGAGCAGCAGGACAGACCAGGAGGAGAGGAGAACCUCCUGCAGGAGCUUGAGACUCAGUGGAACAACACCCAGAGAUCUUUCUUUCAGAGGAAGAAGGUGUGCAACAGUUUGUUGGAGCUCCUGAAGAAGUUCCAGAUGAGUCGCAGUCAGCUGAGCAACACCCUCCAGAGAGCAGAGCAGACCGUCAGCGAGCAGGCGUCCUACAUGGGCAAAGACAACCUGCAGAGGUGCAUGAGCAGGGUGUGUGACAUGAAGGAGGAGCUGGGGGGUCUCAGCCAGCAGAUCGAGGAGCUGAGAGGUGUCUGCAGACAGCUGCAGUCUGAGCUGAAGAAGUUCCCUGCCUGCAGCGAGCCCUGCUUUGAGGCGGAGGCUGACGCACUGAUGGACAGCUGGCUGGAUCUCACAGAGAAGGUCGAUGCCUUCAUGGAUAACCUUCAGGUGGGACUGGAGCUGUGGGAGAAGCAGCUGAUGCUGGGUGGAGAGGUGGACCGCUGGGCGGGAGCCAAGCUGGCCCUGUUUGCAGAGACCCAUCCCUUCCACCAAGAACAGCAGGUUCUGGACAUGAGGGAUGAGAUCCGUGCCAAUGAGGAGAACAUCACAUAUUUUCACAAGAAAUCCUUGGAAAUCCAGGAGAUGCUGCAGAGUCAGGAAGCUCCUCUGGAACUGCAGGUGAUGGAGACCCAGCUGAGGAAGAGGAUGGAGCAGGUGAAGGAGCUGUUCACUGACUGCACAGAUGUCUUUGAAGAGCUCACAGCUGUGAGGAAGCAUCUCACUGAGAAGGUCAAGGAGUGCCAGGCGGCUGUGGACAACAUCCAGAACUGCCUCAGGAGGCUUGACUCCUCAGACCCAGCGGCGGAGGCUCAGAUGCAGGCUCAGUGUGACACCCUGGAGAGUCAGGAGGAGCGCGUGGAGGACCUGCUCAGGGAGAUGGGCAUGGUCUCCAGCGUGGCCAGUCCUCUGGUGCUGGAGGAGCUGACUGCAGACUGCAGCACCCUGAAGGAGAACAUCGCCCACACCAAAGCUAUGAUCCAGCUGAGGAGGGAGGAGAGGGAGCAGGGAACGCUCAAGGUCAUCAGGGAGAAGCAGCAGUCCUUCGAGGAAUGCUUCCAGGAUCUCCAGCUGUCCGUCAACGAGUGCUUCGAGAACCCCGAGAGCCGGAGCGAUGUGGAAACAAACGUGCACAGACUCUCUGGUUUCUUGAAGUCCAAAGAUGCAGAGAGACAUCUGGAGCAGCUGGAGGAUCAGCUCCAAAGAUGCAGCGGGCAGGAGCUGAGCGAGCUCUCCCAGUGGCUGAAGGAGCAGCAGGAGGAGGUGUCCACCUUCACCAGCCACUGCCUCAGCAGGCAGAGGCAGAUGGAGGCUCUGCUCUCCGACCUGGAGCGCCUGCAGCAGCAGCAUGACGACUUCUGCGAGUGGAUCCAGGGCAUGGAGCAGCAGUCCGUGGGGUCAGAGGACGCCAGGAGCCUCCUCAGCGAUCUGCAUGCUGGCAGUGAAAAAGCUGAAGCCCUCUGUGAACUCAUGGCAUCGAUACGCAGACAAGGAGUCCGGGCGGAAAAUCUCCUGAAAGACGGCGACAACGCCAUCCAGCGCUACAGAAACCUGGAGGCUCGGCUGCAGAAACAUGUCCAGGUCCAGGACGCCCUGCAGAACCAGCUCUGCCAGUUUAAGACCCAUGCAGAGAGCACCAAGUCCUGGAUCAGUCAACUCCUGCAGCCUCUCACAGCUCCUGAGAGCAACACGGAGACGCGGAAGUCCAAAGCUCUGGCUCUUCUAAACUCCAGACCAGAAGGAGAGGCCAAAGUGAGCAAUCUGACAACACAAAUGGAACGUCUGUUGGAGCAGGAGGAGCUUGAGGAGAGCCGGAAACAGGAAGUCCAGCAGUUGGUCAGCGAUGCAGAGAAGGAGCUGCAUUCUGCUCUGAAGGCUGCAGAGGAAGCUCUCAGUAAGGCGGAGACGCAAGUGCUUCUGGACAAACAGCUGGAGGCUCUCCAAAGCAAGAAUGACAGUUUUAGGUCCUGGAUUGAAGAGCUGUCUGAGAACCUGACGUCACUCAGAGGCCACCAGAACCCAGAGGAGAAGCUAAAGAUUACACAGACUGUUCUGAGCUCCAGGUCUUCUGGGGAGACCCGGCUCCAGGAUCUGAAGGAACAAUGCCAGAAUCUGUGUGAUAACGAGGGUUUGAUGGAGGACACGACCCAGAUGAUGUGCAGUGCAGUCAGCAGCACAGAGGAGCAGUGGUGCGAGGUCAUCCAGGCUGCAGAAGCCGCUCUAAAGCAGGCAGAAGAGGAAGCUGCCUCUGUGAGGGACUUUGAGGCUUUCAAAGCCCAAACGGAGGGUGUCCAGACCUGGAUCAGAGAGCAGAGGCAGAAGCUUCUGGAUCUUGGGAGUCAUGCAGAGUUUGAAGAGAGGCUGCAGACGGCACAGGCUUUCAGGAGCUUAACCCCUGAAGGAGACUCAAAGCUGCUGGAUCUGAAGGCCCAAGGCGGGCGCCUGUGUGAGCCCCCGCAGGGCAGCAGGAAGCUGGACGUGCAGCAGCUGGUGACCUUCACAGAGCAGCAGUGGACUUCAGUGCUGCAGAUCCUCAGACAGGUGGAGCUGCGAGCACUUGCAGAUGACUUCAGCGCUCAGACUAAAGCCACCGAGGUGUGGGUCAGAGAGCAGGAGCAGAAACUGGAGGCUGUGGGCGAUCACGUCCCCCCUGGAGACAGAGACGGUGCAGCUAAGGCUGUCCUGACCUCCAGACCUGAGGGGGACUUCAAGGUGAACAACCUCAGGAGACGAGGCCAGAGCGUGUGUGACCAUCAGGAUGCUGACGAGGCCAGGAGGGUCAGUGUCCAGCAGAGCGUCAAGGAGAUGGAGCAGCAGUGGAGGAAGGUCCUAGAGUCUGCCAAACAACUUCAAGCUGCUGCAGAAGCAGAGAUUUCCCAGGAGACAGAACGAAAAAUGUUAGAGUGGAGAGAAUUCAACACCUCUAUGGAAGAGACUGAGUGCUGGCUGGAGGAUCUUCAUCAACAGCUGGACUCUGUGAGCAGGCGAGCUGAAGCUCAGGACAGACUGCGAGCAGCACAGGCCAUCGUGAACUCAGAGUCUAAACCAGAAUCCCGGCUCCAGAGGCUCGCAGCGCAGGCUCAGCGCGUGUGCCACCAGGACCUGGAGGAACAGAAGAAACAAGAGGUCAAACAGAAGGUCAAAGACAUGGAGGAGAGGUGGAGCAGAAUCCUGGACGCUGCUAAGCAAGCCCUGAGUCAGGCGGAGAGGCGGUGUGCUCUGGAGCAUCAGCUGAAGACCCUUCAGGCCCGGAGAAAAGACUUCAGGAAGUGGCUGGAGGAGAGGCAGCACAGCCUGCAGCUGGAGGACAGUCGGGCUAAUCCAGAGGAGACCAUCAGCUCUGCAAAGGAUGUUUUGAGCGCCAAACCUGACGGGGACUCCCGGCUGACGGCGCUCCGGCGGCAGUGCCAGAGUCUCCUCGACCAGGAGGGUCUGGAGGAGCAGGAGAGGCGAGAGGCUGUGGAGAUGCUGCAGGCCUCGGAGGAGCAGUGGAAAACUCUGCUGGAGGCGGCUGAGAACUGUCUGCAGCGAGCUGAGGUCCAGUAUUCGCUGUCCCGGGAGCUGGAGGCUUUCUGCACCCACGCAAGCAGCACUGAGAGCUGGAUCGAAGGCCUGCAGACCCGAGCUGACGUCAUGAGGGGGGGCACUGAGGGGAGCAGAGCUCAGAUCGAGGAGCGCUUGAACACUGCACAGACCAUCCUGGGCUCCAGGUCCCAGGGUGGUGCUCAGUUGAUGGAGCUGAAGAGGCGAGCGCAAAGUCUCUACGAGCACGAGGGGCUGGAGGAGGACAGAAGGAUGGAGGUGCAGCAGAAGGUCGGGGACUUGGAGGAGCACUGGAGGACACUCGUCCAGAAUGCAGAGGACACGGAGAGACGGCUGCAGGCUCUGCUGGAGCGCCUGCUGUCCUGUCAGUACAAACGAGGACAGGCAGAGACCCGGCUGGAUGAGCUGCAGAAGCAGCUGUCCAACCUGCAGUGCGUCUUCCCCUGGCCGGGCCUGGGCGAGCGAAGGCAGGCUGUGGACCAGGCCCGGGCCCUGCUGGAGCAAAGUGCCACCGUUGCGCCGCUUCUGUCUGAUGUGCGCACCCAGGCUGCUGAGCUUCUGGAAAUCACUAAGGAUCAAAGCUGGAAUGAUCACUGCUGGACACUUGAGGGCGGGGCCAUAACUUCUUUGCAGAGCGAGCUCACUGACGUGCUAUCAAAGCUGGAGUGUGGCAUCGUGGCGGAGCGGCAGUGCACCCUGCUGAUGGAGCAGCACCAAGCAGCCCAGGACUGGGUAAGGGAGCAGGUGAAAGGCCUGGGACCCCCCCCAUCAGACCGACAUGGUCUGCACAACGCCGUCAACAACCUGAAGGCUUUGAUCCAGACUGUCACCAGAGAGCAGAGGGAGAUGAAGGAGCUGGACUCUGCCAGGGACAGUUUGCUGAGCCUCUGCACCCCUGCAGGUCAGGACGCUCUGAACCUGGAGGUCAGCCAGCUCUAUGACCUCCAGAAUGGCUCUGAGAAGGAGGUGAGGGAGCGGCUGGCUGCCUGUGAGCUCCGGCUGGAGGAGAGUGACCGUGAGCUGGCCAGGAUGGCCGAGGAGCUGAAGGAGAGAGCAGCAGCUCUGCAGUGGGAGCUGCGCUCCCUGGACCAGGCACUCAGCUACAGUGAACCACAGGACAACAUCGCUCAGCUGCAGCAGCACUGGCACAGCCUGCAGAACUGUGAGAACUCUCUGGAGGAUUUGGGCGUAAAAGUUCAGGAGCUGCACCAGGAGGUCCAAGAGGCGUCCGUUACCAAGGAGCUGCCUGCAGAAAUUCUCAGUCUGGUUGAGUCUUUGUGCCAACAGCACACCAGUCUGAGGUCCAGGCUGAGUGAGCAUCUGGAAACCUGUUCUGCAAACACAGCCAGCUGUCUGGAGAACUGCAUAUGUUCCCUGCAGAGGUGGAACCAAAGCUGCUCUGCAGACUCUGUGUCAGCACUACAGGCAGCUUUGCAGGAGGGUGAGACAUUGAAGGGAAGUCUGCAGGAGGCACUGUCCUGUCAGGAGUUUUUAACAGCCUGUCUGAUGCAUGAGAAGCUUGAAGAACUGCAGAAACAGUGUUUGGAGACACUUGAAGAAGCAGAUAUACACACAAGUUCAUUGAUACAGAACUUAAAGGAACAUGAACAGAAAAAGAAACAACAACCUGAGAUUCAGUCAUCUGAGGUUUUUCCCGCCUCCACAGAGGAGACGAAGAUUUCUGUCGUUGCACCUCCGCGGAAAAAAAAGCGUUCAGUUGAAAAGUGUCAAGUUAAGCUAGAACAAAAUGUUUCUGUGAAAGAGGAGUCCACAUCUUUCAGAGAUUCACUGCUUAUGCCUCCUGAAACACCAGCUGGAUUAGAAGUCAGGGGAGACGGUACAGUUUUGGAGCAAACCAGUGUGGAAUUGAGCUCAGAUGAAAUUCAAGGAGGAAACCUAAAAGAAGAAAAAACAGAUGAAGAGAUGAAGCUGGUUCCUGUGGAUGGAGCAGAGACUUCACCACAAAACCUCAGAGGAGGCUCAGGUUCAGAUGAAAUUGCGGCUGAUGAGUUAAAGGUGGUUUCUCCGCCAACUGAAACUGUUAGCUUGGAACUGAAGGAGGUUUUACCACCCAGGAGAAAGUCAAAAAGUCAAAAUCUUCCUUUCCAUGACGCCGAACAGAAAGUUGCAGAGCUUGACAACGAGCCAGAAAGUCAAAGACUUACUUUAGGUUUGAGAAAAGAAACAGAAAGUUCCCUCACAGAAGAAGAAAAACUCAUACCUGUCAGGAGAAAAUCAAAGAGCGGGGUGGUCCAUUCAGCUGAGCUAACCGUUUCCCAUCAUGCAAGUGCUGACAGAGAACAUGACGGCUCCAAAUCUUCUGCUUUACCAGCUGAAACAGAAGCCAAAGACACCAUCCUCACAGAGGACAAACCAUCUCCAAGUAAAAGAAGGUCAAAAGAGGACAAACAUUCUGUAGAUCAGGCGCAUUUCAAAACCAAAGAAACGUGUCAGACGGAGGAAAUCCCCAAACAACAAAAUAAAGACAUUAGUGAUCAAAAGUCUCCUGACUCAGCAGAUGCAAAAUCUGUAUCUAAUGAAAUAAAAGAAUCAGACACGGUGCAGAAAACAGAAAACAUUGUUUUGGAAGAAUCAAAAGUCACACCACCAAAGAGGAGGUCAAAGGGGGCAGUCAGCCUCUCUGGUGAGACUAGUUUGCAAUUGAAGGACGCAAGAACCACUCUUGAAAGUGCGUCUGACCAGUCAGUCACCAUAACCAGUUCUGAAGACAACGCACUCAAGUCUGUCUCUGUAACUUCCCAAGAUCCUUCUGCUGAGAAAGAAACACAGAGCAUGAGAAAGCCUGACACCCCAGAAGCAUCUGAAGAGCUAACGCCUAUCACUGAUUCAUCCUCCCAGGUGGUCAUUGAGGUAUCCGAAGAGGUGAAAAAAGGAAAGAUUUCACCUCCAAGAAGAAAAGUAAAGGCUCAAAAACUCUCCAUGGAGCUUGAAACCACAGAUUUGUCUGAGACCAACAAAGAUUUUCAUCUAAUUCAUUCCACAGAGGAGAGAGAAGCUGUUCCUGUGGAAAUGAAUGAACCCACUCCAGCAACAGGGUUCAGGAAUUCCCUAGAAUCCAUGGAAACUGAGAAAGAAACUCCAAGUCAAGUUCUGGAUUUAAGCGCACAGCCGGACACAGCACCAACUGAAGCUGCUACUGUGAUGAUCAUUGAGCUUUCAUCAGCUGUAAAAGAGCCAGAUAGUCAAAAUGUUGAGAGAAAGUCAUCUGAUGUUGCCAUUUCCCCCGUUUUAGAACCAGUACUUCAGGAUUUCACUGAUGAAAAGUCUUCUGUGGAGGAGUUUGACAAACCUGUCAUAGCUUUGGUCACAGAGAAGUGUAUUGUUGAUAGUAAGACGAGUAAGGAGGACAUCAGUUCAGUGAGAGAUCAGGCUCUUGAUGAUCUUCAGCUGCAGUCGGAGAAAGGAGAUGGUUCGGCUCAAAGCUACUGCCUCAUUCUGGAGUCUGAGGCAGCACAGUCAGCUCCAGCAGACAUUACACUCAAAACUGCACAAGAAACAUUAAAGGUUGGACUGGUGGUUGACAAUGUUUCCAUCAUCCAAACGGAGACACAAGAACAACUCAUCAUGUCAAAUGUUGAGAAGCAGAUGACUAAUGACCAUAAAACAAGCACAAUAGAUGGAAAAGAGGCACAUGAACAACAACACCUGGUUUCUAGUGGUAACAUGGAGUUCAAAAGAACUAGAUUCAUUGCUGAAGAACACAGUCAGCAAGAUUCUUUUGACAUAAUCUCUUCUGAACAAAGCAUCGAUGAUCCAAGACAACUUGGAGACAUGGAAACCAGUCAAGAUCCUGCAGCUCCAGAUCUUAUUUCUACCUCAAUAGCUUCUGAUGUGCAUGAAGAACCAACACACAUUGAUGCUGGACAACAACAAGGACAUGAAGGUGACUUGUUUCCUGGCACACUGGACACUUCUGACAUGGGAGAAAGAAUGUCUUUACUCACCGAAAAGGAGUCAGUUUGUGCGCCAUUCCUAAAAGACUCUGCUGAUGUAGAGACAGAAUCUGGUGGAGCUGAACAAGUCCUAAAAGACACAAGUUCUGAAGUUGUGAACCGCGCUGAAGAAGCGGCUUUUGAGUACAUCUGUGCAGCAGGUACCCAGAGUGAACUGCAGCUUCCAAGAGAUGUGGAGACUCAAGAAAAGAAAGUUUGCACAAUCAUUCUAGACACAAGUCAACCAUUACUACCAGCAUCUACUACUUGUCCCAGUGAAGGAGAUUUUACAGAGACCUGUAAUGAGUUGGAUUUAAGACUUGACACUUUGGAUUCUGAGUUACAAGAACCUGAACGCAAGAGUGAAGAUGCUUCAGAGCAAUCUGGGUCCAAGUUUACAGACAGAGAUCUUGUAGCAGAAUCCCAUCUAGAGGCUGCUCCCUGUUCUGAUGAUAAAGACACCUCAGAUAUAAGUAAAUACAUCGAUAACCUGUAUGAAGGCAUAUGGAAAAGCCAAAUGGAGAUCCAAAAACGAUACCUAGUCCUGAGUGUCCCAGAUAAAGCAAUCUUUCAGACCUGUGAGGUAGACUUGACCCAGCCAGAGGAAGUGACUCAAAAUGACUCAUCAGCAACAGCUCCACAUGCAGCAGGACUGACUCAAAUGACAAAAACGAACCCACCGGAAGACGACACAUCUGGACAAACUGAAUCUACGAAUCAGGUCAAAUUGUCUGAUCAGGAAACAUGUCUGGAAAGACCAACAAAUGUUUUGGAUUCUCUUGUUCAGAAGAAGCAAAGUGAGGAGUUUACAAAUGAUGUGGGCGAUGUACCAGAGAGCCAGGAGAAGGUCCGUGAGGUACGCAUUCUGCAGCUCGAUACCAGCACCAGUCCUGAGGAGGACAGCAUGUCCUUCAGACUGGGGAAGGAACUAAGAAUCGAUAUCACCAAAACCAUCAUCCAGGAUGAACAAGAAACCAGUCCUGAAGUUCAAGAUACUCUGUCCCAAACAGAUUUAGCUAAACUCCACCCUUCCUGCCAAACAACACCAGAGCCAGAGCCAAAGACAGAAUUUAUAGAAAUACAGUUGUUUGAGCAAACACGAGUCGAACCAAGAGAGACUGAGACUGAAAUAUCCAAAGUAUUGAAGGAGGAGAGCAGUCAGGAUGAAGAUCCCUCUUUGUCGAUGCAUGGCAAGGACACUUCCCCAGCAUGCCUAGAUGAAGUCAUUUCCAAGAACAUUCCUAUUGGAGCUGAGGAAUGUGUUCUUUAUCUUGAUAUAAAAACAACCUCAGAAGACCAAGAACACUCUUCAAGAGAAACAGAAAUAAUGAUAAAUGUUGUUCAAACAGAUAUUCAGACUGAAAGACUAAAGGAAACUUCAACAGAUGGUGUUGUAGAAGAUGGAAUACCUGAAAUGAAGACUGAGGAGCAACAAUCCGGAUGCCGGGACUGUGGGGCUCUAAUGCAAAUUUGCUCCCACAAGACAAAAAUGAAUCCUCCAGAUGUUGUGACUCAAACUGAAACAUCUGAGCUCAUGAAAACUACACAGGAAGGACCUGCACAUGUUAUGGAAGAAGAUGAUGUUCGAGAAAGAUCAUCUCAAAGACUUGAGUUAGAAGAAAAGCUGGUGACAAUCCAGAAGGAGCCUGACAUGCUGGAUUUACGAGAGAACACAGGCAGCAAUGUUGAGGAACAUGAGCAAGUCGAUCAACCAAUCCCUCAGGAGGAAACAGUUGGAGAUGCUACUGACAUAGCGUCUGACAAGUCAGAGUCUACGACUCAUGAGGAGGUUCAAGAAAGCCUUAGUGACUUCCAGUCAAAGAAUGAUCCUGUGACUGCAGAAAGAAGUGGUGAACAACCACAGCUGACAGAGGAGGACGACACGCAGAGAGAAAGGAACGUCUCAGUGGAGACUCCCCCUGAAGUCAUCGAAAAAGAGCUUCAGAACGAGGAGAUAUCUGGUACUAACAGAGCUACAACAGAGGUAUUGGGCUCACCAUCGGCUGAAAGUGGAGUUCCUCACCUGGAAGAGUCUUUCCAUCUGAAAAGUGAGGAACAAGCAGCUUCUUUGAGGGCUGACACAGAAGCCCAAAAGCCUCCAAAGGAGUCAGCUCUCAACGGUAUCUUCUCAGAGAUGCUAACAGGAUCAGAAGUCUUCAGUCAGUUCAUGGAGUGUAAAUCUGAGGAGGACGCUCUGGAGGCUCUGACCACAUCCACCAUUGAUCUGGGACUUUGUCUAAGCCGACUGGCGUUUAAAGUCCAGAGUUCCAAGAACCGUUCGGCAGAGCUUUGCCCCUCAGCAAUGACUCAGCAAAUAGAGGAGGUUCAGGAGUGCACAGAGCUCAUCCAGGGACAGCAGCCGUUGUUCGGUCAGCUAAAGGGAGGAAAAGCAGAACCUGAGGAGGCCCUUAAGGUCAUGUGGAGCUCCGCAGUUCAAGAUGCUGCAGCUGUCAUCCAGAACAAAGAGGUCCAGCUGCAGCUGGUGACGGAUUACUGCAGACAGAUCCAGGCAGCAAAGACCACGGUGGACAGGCUGACCGCAGAGCUGGACGCCAUGAAAAUGUCUCCACAAGCGAGCUGCCAAAGGGAGGUGGAGCAGCUUUGCUGUUUCCAGAGGAGCCUGGAGGAAAACAGAACGGUUCUUGGGGAGUUGCUAAUGAUAAUCACAAAGCUGUGUCUUCAUCUCAACACGUCUGACCGAGAAUCUGUCCUGACGGAGCAAAAGAGCCUACAAGAAAAGUGGAAAUCUCUGGAGAGGAGCUUGGAGCACAAUCUUCAACACACAAAUACCUACUUUCAGCAGAGCAGCAAUCUCCUGUCGGAUCUGUCAGGUCUACAGGACUACCUGGAGAUGACCAAGAAUACACUUGAAACCAUGUCCUCCUCAGGUGGUCAAUGGAAUUGGAAGGAUGCGCAGCAGCUUAUGGAAGCAAAUGCCAAAAUAAGAGGAGCCCAGCAGCAGUACCUCCACUUCCAGCAGCUGUCGGAGGAUCUGCUGGUCAGCUCGCGCUGGGAGGAUGAAUCAAAGGAUAUUCAUCACAGGCUCCAGGAGAUCAAAGACAAGCUUCACCUCACAGAGGAGCUGCUUUCUUCUCAAACUAAGAACCACAGCAACCCCAUCAUGGAGAAAAUGCUCACUGUGGUGAGUGAUGGUCUUGCCUGGGCCAAAAAAACUGAGUGUGACAUUGAGUGCAAGAGGAGGAAGGUGCCUCUUCUUCCUGAAGAAGUCUAUUGGCAGUUCAGGGAUCUGAAGAAACUGCAGUCUGACGUGGUAGCAAAGCAGGACCAGCUGGAGACUCUGGUGGAAGAAGUAGUGGAGCUCCUUCCAUCACUGGACCAAGCGGAGGAGGUGCCAAUCAUCCAAACUUCCCUGGAAAGUCUUGAGGAACUCUCUAGAUCCACCUCUGAAAAGCUGUCGCAGGCCAUAAAAGACAUGGAGUUCGCCCUCCAGACCAGAGAGAAGCUUUCUGAGCAAAUUGCUGACCUGGACUGCUGGGUUGUGGCUCAUCUACAGUCAGAGGUGUCAAGAACCACAGAUGCUGAGUUCCGGAGUUUCUCCAAGAUGAAUCUCAGGCUUCACCAGAUACAAGGGACCCUUGCUGAGGCAGAGAGGCAGGCCGCCGUCUGUGAGGCUCUUCUCAUGACGAGUAGAGACAUUUCAUCUGAGCUCAGUGUGACAGAGACUUGUCAGCUUUACAACAAGAUAAACAACCUCCAAGAAGAUAUCACAGGCAUCAUCAACAGAGCAAAGUCGAGCAAAGAGGAAAUGGAGGAGCUCAUUCAGACCACCGAUUCAAGGAAGAAGCAUCUCGCUGCGGUUGAAAAAAGCUUGAGGCAGAUGUCAGUAGAUUUCAGGAGAUAUGUGUUCCCCAUCACUAAAGAGUCGCUGCAAGCUUUAGAACCCUGGAAGUACAUGAUGCUAGAGCACAAGUCUCAAAUUGACCUCCUCAUCCCAUGGAUUCCCCAAGAAAAGACAAGUAAACUGAACUCUGUUAUUUCUGAACUCCAGAGCAAAAUAAUUAGUCUGGAAAUAAAAGCCAGAGAGCAUGAGGGUUACCUGAACACCAGGAGGUGUGUGGAGGAACUCAGGGAGAAGAUUCAUGACAAAGUUAAAGACAACAGCAGGAAUCUGCGGCAAACGUCUGAGAUACUCCUGAUCCAACUUCCUCUGAUGAACACAGUGUGUAGGGAGGCUGGUUGUAGACUUCAGAGCAUUUCUCCUGAUCUGAAUCCCUCACAGCUCAUUGUGGAGCAACAGAGGCUCAAGCAAAGCGAGGAGAGACUAAAAACCUGGGAGUCAACUCUUGAAAACAGCAUCGGCCUCAUUGCAUGUGAGGUAAUACCAGAAAUGGAUUUUCAAUUAGAGAAAGAGGCCACUCAGAACUUCCUCACUGUCAUCGUUCGAGAGCUUCAGGAAGUUCCCUCAUUGGAACCAAAUCAAAAGCUGAUUGACCAGGAAUACCUGAGAGUCCUGCGUUUGAAAAAGGUUGUGGAGUCCAAAAUGAGAAUACUGGAAGUUCUUCAGCAACAAGAAGACAGACACGAUGAAGAGUCUCAGGAGCUGAUGGAUAUGAAGAAUAGAGUCCUCAAAGAGUGUGAUCGACGGAUGGAGCGUAUCUGGCAGGCCAGGCAGCAUCUGAGCAGCUUCACUGAUGCUGUUAGAGAGGCCGCUCAGCUCCUGCGGGACACGGAGGUCUCGCUGCUGCCCCCGCAGGGCCCCGCUGGACCGUGCUCUGAAAGUCUGAAGGAGACCCAGCAUGCCUUGGCCUCCUUGGAGAACCGCUUCCAAACCUACGUUGAGCAGCUUCAAAACUGGGCAGCUUCCAGCACAUGUUUAUGCCCUGAAGAGAUGAAGCAGCUCCAGGAAACUGUUCUGAGCCAGCUCCUGGUCAGGAGAUCCACACUCCAGGCACAGGGCCAUGUCCAAGAGGAGAGUCUGAGCAGGUGUGUCGAGCAGCACGCAAACUACACCAAGUCCCAGGAGAAAAUCCUUCAGAGAGUCAGAGCUGCAGAGGAGCGUCUGCUGGAGCUGGUUUCUCUGAAGACGACUUGUCUGGCUGACAGCAUCAACCACCAGGAACAACUCACAGAGCUGUCUGAAGACACAGAGGCUCUGCUGAGAUGUUUGGGGGAACUGAGGGAGUGGUGUCCACAUCAGAGCUGCUGCAGAACCCGGGAGGCCGGCGCCGCAGCUGUCUGGAGACGCCUCCUGGAGUUACGUCUCUGCACAAAAGAGGUGGCGGCUCGCAGCAAGCAAAGAGUCUCUGAGUGGAUCAGCGUCACUGACAGUCUGGAGAAAGCCUCUGCGAUCCUGCAGCAGGUGGAGGCGGAGCUCCCAGAGGAAGACAGCUUCAAACUCUCCAGCGAGGAUCUGCACGACCUGCUGCAGUCCCUGGAGCAGUACCAGGACCGCGCGGACUGUGAGCAUCGAGCCCUCUCUGGACUGGAACUGCGAACAGCCAGGCUGCUGGGUGUCCCCGCCCACCUGGGGCAGGCUCCUCCCAUCCCAGUCUGUCAGCAGCUGCAAGUAAUGCAGAGCCGAUACAGCAGUGUGAAGCAGAAAAGCAGGGACGCCCUGCUGUCAGCCAAGCGGGAGCUGGAGGACAGGGAGAAGGUCCGAGAGGAUCUGCACGUCGUCAGCGCUUGGAUGGAGGCUGCAGGUCGCCUCCUACUGGCUGAAGAUGAGGACAGCAGCACCCAGUUGGUUUACGGGCAGCUGGACGCACACAGAGCUUCACUGCAGCGAAUCACGGAACACCUGCAGAGGAAGUACAAAGAAAAGGACGCUUCUGUCCCGCUGGAGAUUGAAAGCCAACUUCAGGAAGUCACAAACUCACUCGGUCAAAUAGAAUCAAAGGUGGGUGAAGCUUUGAGGAAGAGCGGUCCUAACUACAGACUGGGAGUGAAGCUUUCUGACGUCCACACUGGACUGACAUCAGUUCAGAGGAGACUGGAGGAGAGGAGCUCCAGCGUGAUGGAGGCCAAGGUCACUCAGAAGUGUGUCUGGGAUGAGCUGGACAUGUGGCACUCCCGUCUGGCGGCGCUGGAGGUGGACGUGCACGAUCUGGAGGAGCCACAGGAGGCGCUGGCCCUCACAGAGGGCCUGGUGGAGGUCCAGCAGCUGUACUCACUUCUGGCCAAACAGGCAGAGCAAAGGACCACCCUGCUCAGCAAGGUUCCUUCAUGGCUCCAGCAGCACAAGGAGAUGAUCGGCAGCUCUGAGAGCUGGAUGGUUGAGGCGCGCACGUGGCUCGCUGCCCCGUGCACGUACACCACGGCCAAAUGCUUGAGAAGCCAUGUAAACGCUCUGCAGAUCGUGCUGAACGAUGCGGCCCAGAUCCAGGCCACGCUGCAGAGCUUCACUUCUGUCCUGACGGAGAUGUCGCAGGUUUAUGACACCACGCUCCUUCAGGAGCAGCUGGAUGAGGCGAGCCUCCAGGUGUCUGCUGUGCAGGACAGCUUUAGCUCCCCGCUGCAUCAGCUGGAGCAUGCAGCUGCAGAGACGGAGGCCAUCGAGAAGGAGGUGAGGCAGAUGGAGAAUGAAGUGGCUGACAUCAAGACCUUGCUGACCUCUCCAGAGACGUUCCCCAGCCCCAGAGAGAGCCGACUGAAGAUGAUUGAGCAGAGGAUUCAGUCCAUGAGGAGAACAGUCGCCGAGAUCCAGAAGUGCAAGCCGGGCCUUUGUCUCCCGCAGCAGGCUGAAAACACUCUGAGCGUCUUCACGGUGGUGGAUCAGCUGCAGACUCUGCUGCUGGAGCUGGAGAAGAAAGUUCCCGCUCUGUUCAUCCAGCAGCCUCAAACUCCAGUUCAGAGUAAGGUGUCAUCCAGACUGCAGGGGUCCACUGACGACAUUGAGGAGGAGCAGGGCCAGAUCAGGAUUGUGCAUUUUGAGGAGGACCCUCUGAGGAGGUCUGGUGGCGUCCUGCAGACCGUGGAGCAGAGUCCACCUCCCCAGAGUCGCUCCCUGAAGCCGGACAGCUCUGAGGCCGCUCCCCCUGUGGCUGACCAGACCGCAGCAGAGGGAGGAAGGAGGGAAGACGAGGAAGGAGGUGUUGCGUGGAGGCUCUUCGGGUCUUUCCUGGGAGCUCCCUCAAAGGCUUCUGCAGCCGUCAGUGAAGAAUCUGGAGCCGACCAGAACCGAGAGCUCGCAGAACCGAGAGCCGACACACAGGGAUCAGAGGAACCUCGGCCGGCAGAGACGCAGCCAAGGCCCCGCCCACCCGCAGGUACACUCCACCUGUGUCUGGAACAGGUGAGCCAGCUGGAGCUGUGGCUGCAGAGCGUGGCGUCUGCUGGAGCUGCCAUGCAGGAAGGCGUAGAGGAGCAACUCCGCACCUAUCAGGAGAUGAUCCAGGAGAUCGAGGAGAAGGUCUGCAGCUUGUCCGAGCACAGCUCCGCUCUGGACCUGCAGAAGUCACAUGAAGCGUCCCAGCGAGAGGCGGCUGAGCAUCUGAUCUGCAGGCUGGAGCUUCUGAAAGUCAAGCUGGUCUCCUUCCAGCAGCUGCUGCAGGAUGGACAUGGCAAAGAAAACCUCUGUGACGGAGAACCCGAAGAACAGAGCUCUGUCCUCCAGACAAAGUCUGAGUCUGUGCUAAAGCGCAGCAGCAGUGUCCAGGAAAUCUUUUCCUCGCCGCAAAAUAAACUUCUCAGACAAAGCAGCCUGCAGCAACAGAGGGAUCUGGAGCUGGAGCUCACGCAGCAGAGGGGGCUCACUCAGGCCGUCGCCCAGCAGGGCAGAGGCCGACCCAACAGCCUCGAAUCCGAGGACGGCAGUGAGUCAUCACCGUGGGGGCCCCCUCCUGAGGCUGCUGGGGGGGAGGACUCUGCUCUGAAGAAGUGGGAUGUUCUUAACACUCGGCUGCUCGCUUUAGAGGAGAGCUGCCUGCUUCCUUGGUGUGAGGUGACAGACUCAUCUCUGAGGGCCUUUGAUGGAGCAGCAGGAUGCAUGUUCGGCACAGAAACUCUGAGAGAGCUCCAAGCCUCCAUCAGCCGCCUGAAGCAGCUGGGGUGCACAUCUGCACAGGCCGCCGCUGAGGCGAGCUCCCGGCAGGCGCUGGAUGAGGGUUUGUUUGAUGUGCUGCACGGAGCGGCCCUGUCUCUGUCCUCCACCAACACUCAGCUGCGCUCAGACGCUGUGGUGACGCACGAGGACCAGGCCCAACUCUCACUCCUGCGGCUGCAGAGCCUGUCUGCAGAGCUGGAUAGCCUGAACGCUGAGCUGGCACGUCAGGGGUCAGAGGUCAGCCGUGUCCUGGGCUCACAGCGUGCUCAGGAGUGUGUAGAGGUGCUCUGCAGAGUCCUCGCUGUUGUCCUGACUGCAGUGGAAAGCAGACAGAGGCGGCUGCAGAAACUGCAGGAGGAUGCAGCGCAAACACAGAAACUGAUCAACGAGCUGAACCAGGACCUCCAGUCCACCCAGGUAACUCUUCACCAGAGCGCCGGUCGGUGUGAGGAAACCCUGCAGGAGCAGCUCCAGGUUGCCGUGGAGACUCAGGAGUUUCUGCAGCAGAAGGCUGAGCAGACUCACUCCCUGAUGGAGGAAGCUGAGCAGCAGCGUCUGCCGGUUCUGACCCAGAGGGCCUCACAGCUGCAGGCCGAGGUGGACGCGGUGCUGGGGGGCGUUCAGUGUCACCGUGGGAAACUGAAGGGCAGCAUGGACCUGCAGGAGCAGCUGGAGCGGCUGGUCCGAGGCCUGAAGCAGCUGGUCCACGCCGGUUCUGAGCGGUACAUCCUGCAGUCAGACGUGGAGCUCCGCAGCAGCUCGGCGCUGCAGCAGCUGAUGACGGGUCACAUGAAGUUCUUCCGGUUCUUGGACCAUCAUUUUCACGUCCUGCUACACUUGACUGACAGAGUCCAGAGCAGCAGCGCCCAGCGGUGGGGGGCUGUCCUGGUGGAGCUGCAGAUGGAGGUCGCACGGCUGCAGCAGCAGAGUCUGGAGAAAGGGAUGAAAAUGCAGGAAACGUCUCAGGUGUGGUCGCAGUGGGAGGAGGACAGCAUGUGGGCGGACCGCCUGCUGAACGCCAUCCAGACGUCAUUUUCUACUACGCAGUGGGGGGGUGACAGUGAGGAGAAGGAAUCCCAGAACUGUUCUGCUUACAGGGACCUGAGCGACGUCAUGAAGGGAAACCAGGCGCGGUUCGCUCACAUGCUGGAGGCGGGACGCUGGCUGCAGACUGUGGGUUGUCGUGGAGUGGGCGUGUCCACCGUCGACCUGGAGACUCGCUGGAAAUCACUACACAGGAAACUGGAGCGCGCGUGCGUCAUCUCUGAGAGCACAAGGACUCUAAAAAACAUGUUCCUGCGGGACGCUGCCGCGCUUGCACACUGGAUGAGUGGUGCCAUAGAGCAGUGUCACAGAUGGAGUCAGGCUGCUUCCUCAGCUGAUUUGAUGGAUGUCCAGCAGAAGCAUGACGUCUGCCUGCAGGCUGUGGCCUUGAUGAAAGAGCUGGAGGCCAAAACGGAACUGAAGGUGAGUCUUUUUGGGACCGCCUCCCAGCUAAUCCACCUGAAGGAAGCAGAAGCAGCUUUGCAUGAAGACGAGGAGAAACCAGCAGCGACUUUGGAUCUACAGCUCUGCUCCAUCAACACUCAGCUGAGGCACAUAGAGCUGGACUGGUCCAGUUUGCUGGCAGACCUGCCGGCCAUACAGCAAGAUCUGUUCAAGCUAUGGAUGGAGGAGUUAUCCCCAAAGGAAGUCCUGUCGGAGCUGCAAAGAUGGCUCGAAGCAUCCCAGUCACAGCUGGAGGAGCAUCGCAGUCACGCAACCCUCAACCUGACUGAGAUCCUAAAACACUGCAAGGAGCGUCUCACUGAGUCAGCUGCCCGUCAGGCCAUGCUGGAUUUUGUCAACCAGCAGUUCCAGCUGUGCAGUACCGAGGAAAGCCAGUGGAGGCGCUGUGACUACAACCAGCUCGCAGAAGAGCAGGGCCGUUUAAACCAGCAGUGGCUCCACCUGCAGCAGAGUCUUCACGGUCAGCUGAACGACGUGGAGCAGCAGCUGAGGGAGCGGACGGACCGGGAGGCCCGGCUGCAGCAGGUCAACAGCUGGAUUAAAGACCAGAACCGCUGCAUGGACUUAGCUCAGAAACCCGACAGCUGGGCAGAAGCACAGAGAAACAUCAGCUACUGCCAGGAGCUGGAGCAGAAGAUCGAGCAGAAACAUGCGGCUCUUCAGCAGCUGAGAGAAGAGAGCAGCUGUGGGAUAGACGAGUCCAUUCAGGCCUGUGCGUCUCUCCGCCUGCAGACAGAAUCCACAAGACAAAGGCUGAUUCAGGCAGAGCAGCUAUGGACCGGCGUGGAGGACAUGGAGAGACGGUUGAUGCUGAAAUCCAUCAGAGUGUCUCUGACGCUGGAGUGUCUCUGCAGCCCACAGUUCUGCCUGAAGGCGCAGAGGCUUCUGCAUGAGAGGCUGCAGCUCCUUCGUCAAGAGGCCUCUGAAGCUGGGUGGGAGGAUCUGCGUCAGAGCGUGCUCUGCCUCACAGAGUUCAUCAGUCCAGCUGCAGCUGCCAUGGUCAGCGAACGCACAGACAGACGGAGGAGCAGCUGGACCAAAGUGUUGGGAACUCUGGACCAGCAGCUCCUCAGGAGUCAGGACAUCCUUCAGGCCUGGGGGGUUCACUCUCAGCUGGCUGGAUCUGCCUCUGGGCGACUGCAAGCACUUCAGACUGACGUCACCUCAGAGCUGAAAGUUGAGCCCGGACAGGAAACCUCUACGGAGCAAACGACUACAAAGACUCACAACGUCCAGAGUCUGCUGAGCAGAACCAAGUCCCUGCAGUCUGACCUGGAGGGGGUGCUGAAAGCCUCCAAGGACUUGGUCAGCCUCCUGGAUCCUUCAGCCGCCGCCUUGAUCCAAUCAGAGAGCCGCUUGCUGUCACGAGGAGUCCUGCGGCUCGGCCAGCAGCUCUCUCAGAGGCUGGGUCAGCUGCAGGAGGAGCUUCAGAGGUUGCAGGAGUUUGAACAGAUCCUGGAGUCCCUGGAGAAGAGUCUGCAGGUUUGGCAUCAGCGUCUGGACGACAUGGUCGACACGGACCAGUCUGGCCUCCUGGAGCUGAGCGGCCUGUCUGCUGACCUGGACGUGCUGAAUGAGCUGGGCCGCAGCCUGAUGCUGGGUGACGUCAGCGCUCGCCGUCUGCAGCGCCUCAACCGUGGCUGGGCCGACGCCUCCUCCAGAGCAGAGGAGGCCUGCAGCGAGCUGCAGACUGAGGCGCUGAGGAGUCAGACGUUUGAGCAGAAGUGUGAGAGUUGGAUGAGCUUCCUGCAGAGGAUGGAGGACAGUCUGGCUGUGGACAUCGCCGGCUCCUAUGGCGGCCUCAGGCAGCAGCUAUGCAUACACAAGCGGUUUCAGGCUGAGCUCCUCGUCGCUCAUCAGAUUCUACACUCCGUUGUUGCUGAAGCUCUCCUCCUGCUGCAGAAAGGACAGGUGGAGGACAGGAGCGGCUUCGUCCUGAAGAUGGCCCAGCUCAGGGAGCUCUGGCAGGGGGCGGUGCAGCGGGCUGUUCAGCGGCGCUCCCUAGUGGAGGGGCUGGUGAAGCACUGGCAUGAGUACAGCCGCAGCCUGAGGAAGCUGCAGAGAUUCUUGUCGGACGCUCAGACCCUGCUUCCCCCUGCAGGCCCCGCCCGCUGCAGCCUGCAGGAGCUGCGACACUCCCUUCAGGAGCUGCAGCACACAGAGCUGCUGUUCCACAGGUACCAGAGCACCUUCAUCCACACUCUGGAGGUUGGCCGCCAGCUCUUCUCCAUGGGCGACGAGGAGACGCAGACUCAGCUGCAGAUGGAUCUGGGGGCGCUGCAGGAGGAGUGGGACAACCUCCACAGGCUGCUGGGCAAGCGCAUGGACCUGACCGAGGCCAUCAUCCAGAACUGGGAGCGCUGUGACGCUGGGCUGCUGGACAGCAUGCUGCACCUGAAAGAGCUGAGGACCAGACUGAACCGGACCGUGCCGGACUGUGACGGCGAGCUGCAGAGAGCCCAGGAGCUCCACGAGGAGAUCGAGGACUCCCUGGAGGACUGGGCUGAGAGCCUGACGGAGCUGAGCACCAUGAAGACGGACCUGUCCCAGUACAUCAUCGCAGACGACAUGCUGCUGCUGCAGGAGCAGGUGGAGCAGCUUCACUGCCAGUGGGAGGAACUCUGCUUCAAGGUGUCUCUGCGUAAACAGGAGAUAGCAGACCGUCUGAAUGCCUGGAUCAUCUUCAACGAGAAGAACAAGGAGCUGUGUGACUGGCUGGUGCAGAUGGAGAACAAGGUGGCUCACACCUCUGACCUCAACAUUGAAGAAAUGGUGGAGAAGCUGAAGAAGGACUGCAUGGAGGAGAUGAACCUGUUCAGUGAGAAUAAAACCCACCUGAAGCAGCUCGGAGAGCAGCUCAUGACAGCCAGCAACAAGACUAAAGAAGCAGAGAUCAACAACACGCUGAAGGACGUCAGCGACCGCUGGCAGCACCUGUUCGACCACAUCGAUGCCCGGGUGAGGAAGCUGAAGGAGACCUUGGUGACGGUGCAGCAGCUCGACAAGAACAUGAGCAACCUGCGCACCUGGCUGUCACGCAUUGAGGCGGAGCUCGCCAAGCCGGUGGUCUACAGCGUCUGCCACGGUGACGAGAUUCAGAGGAAGCUGGAGGAGCAGCAGGACUUGCAGCGGGACAUCGAGCAGCACUCGGAGAGCGUGGCGUCGGUGCUUACCCUGUGCGACGUCCUGCUCCACGACGCUGACGCCUGCAGCCCUGACUCUGAGAACGACUCCAUCCAGCAGACCACCCACAGCCUGGACCGCCGCUGGAGGAACAUCUGCGCCAUGUCCAUGGAGAGGAGGAUGAGAAUUGAAGAAACGUGGCGUCUCUGGCGUAAGUUUCUAGAUGACUACUCUCGCUUUGAAGACUGGUUGAAGACUGCUGAGCUGAUCGCUGCCAGCCCCGGUUCUGCUGACGUCCUCUACACCAGUGCCAAAGAGGAGCUGAAACGGUUUGAGGCGUUUCAGCGGCAGGUUCACGAGCGGCUCACUCAGCUGGAGCUGGUCAACAAACAGUACCGCCGUCUGGCCCGGGAGAACCGUACUGACAGUGCCAGUAAGCUCAAGGACAUGGUCCAUGACGGGAACCAGCGAUGGGACCGUCUGCAGAGGAGGGUGGCAGCCAUUCUUCGCAGACUGAAGCACUUCACCUCGCAGAGGGAGGAGUUCGAAGGAAGCCGUGAGGCCAUCCUGGUGUGGCUCACCGAGAUGGACCUGCAGCUAACGAACGUGGAGCAUUUCUCUGAGAGCGACAUCGAAGACAAGAUGAGGCAGCUGAACGCCUUCCAGCAGGAGAUCACCCUGAACACCAACAAGAUCGAUGCCCUCAUUGUGUUUGGGGAGAACCUGAUUCAGAAGAGCACUCCUCUGGACGCUGUGCUGAUCGAGGACGAGCUGGAGGAGCUCCACUCUUACUGCCAGGAGGUGUUCGGCAGGGUGGCUCGCUUCCACCACCGUCUCGUCAACAGACAGCCGGUUCUGGAUGAAGAGAAGGAGACCUCAGACCAUGACACUGACCUCCACGACCCUUCUGAAAUCUCCAAUGAGGCCUGUUGGUCGGAUUCCAGAAGGAUUCAGGCGGAACGUGGCGUCCCUGCAGCGGAGGGAGUCUCGGCGGGACAGCAGGCCAUGUGUCACCUCCUGGUCCCUCCUCCAGACCGCUCAGGGAGAGAGACUCCCGUCAGCGUGGACUCCAUCCCGCUGGAGUGGGACCACACCGUGGAUGUGGGGGGGUCGUCGUCACACGAGGAAGAUGAGGAUGCUCCUUUCUUCAGCGCUCUGUCAGUCUCUGGAAGAAAGUCAGUGACUGAUCCACCGAGCUGGCAUCAGCCCGGAUCCCCGCAGGUUAAACGAGGAGUCCUGCUGAGUCCCGCCCCCAGCAGCGGCGCUUCCUUCCACCAGCAGGGCUAUGGGAAGUUGAUGUCGGAGUGCAGCGGCAGCAUCAGCAGCUUGAAGAGAGUGAAACUGAUCCUCAAUGAUGACGAGGAUCUGGAGGAGGCGGGUCUGACCAGCAGCAGCAGGCAGACCAGCACAGGUGUGAUCGAGCGCUGGGAGCUUCUACAAGCACCAAAGUUCUCAGCGGAAACGGGCAUCAAGCAGGAUCUGAAGCAGUGGCACAAGCUCAACUCUGACCUCAAUGAUGUCACUUCCUGUCUGUCUGGAAUGCUGCCUGAGCUUGACAGACUGCAGAGAAUCGCUCCGUCCACCAGCAUCCGGGACAUCGAGGUCAACGCCAAGAAGCUGAAGGAGAUGCAGAAGACCUUCAACAGCCACAAGUGUCUGAUGAUCUCCAUCAACCUGAGCCGCCAGCAGCUCCUGCGAGGCGACGGCGCCGAGCUGCAGGGGAGCCUCAACUCAGCCAACCAGAGCUGGACCCAAGCCUGCUGCAGCCUGGAGAGCUGCGAGAGGAGGCUGCGCUCGGCUCUGCUGCAGAGUCAGGAGUUUCACGAGGCGCUGCACUCUCUGCUGAUCUGGCUGUCUCAGGCUGAGAGCAAACUCUGCUCAGUCAACUUCUGCAGGAAGUCCAUCUCAGUCUCCACCCUGAUGGAGCAUCGGGACACCCUGUUGGCUCUGCAGGAGGACCUGAGCUCCCGGCAGCAGCAGGUCUCGGCGCUGCAGCAGAUCUCCUCUCAGCUCCUGCUGGAGGCCAGCGGAGAGGACAGCAUGGAGGCCAAAGAGAAGGUCCACGUGGUCAGCAGCAAACUUCACCUGAUGACUCUGAAGGUGUCUGCAGCUCUGCGUUCACUGCAGAGCAGACUGGAGGAGUUCGGUUCACAGGCAGCUACUGGAGGACAACCAGUUACUGAGAGGCAACAUGAGGGGAGGAAGCACGCCCCCCCACAGCAACACUUCCUCCAGCGGGUGCUCCGCGCCGCCUUCCACCUCCACCUGCUCUUCUUUGUGCUCCUGGUUCUGAUCUGCCUGGUGCCACCGUCUGAAGACGACUACAGCUGUAAGCUGUCCAACAAUUUCGCCCGAUCCUUCCAGCCCAUGCUGCACUACACCAACGGGCCCCCGCCCACCUGAACAUGGCCGCCACCUUUUUUUCCUUCUAAACAGGAACUUGCAUGAGAGACGGGCUCUGUCUCAACCUAUCUUUGUAUUUAAAAAUAUUUAUUUAUCUGCCACCAGAAGAAGCCAUAUGAGCAGUUUGUUGUAAAGUUUUUGACCUUUUCAUGGAGUUUUCAUACAGCAGUGAGAUAUUUUGAUAUUUAUAUUUGUGUAGAUGAAAAACUCUUGAAACCAAAGAACCACAAAUUCUCAGAAAUUAGGUUGUGUUCUGUUUUUAGUUUAUCUGUUUGGACUCACAAUCCAAGCUGCACAGAAACAACAGAAAAGUUUGUGAAGUUUCCUUUAUUUUGUUUGAUCUUUGUCCGUUUUGACUGAUAUUAAACGUGUUGUUGAUGUGACA